GAAGGGUUUUCCCAGAGUGGGAGGAGUUUUCUACGUCACGACAGAGCGCUACUUUAAAAGGUUCCACCCCCUCGUUUUAGAAGAGAAACUGAAGCGGCGAGAGUCACUGACCAACGGACAGAGGAGACACGAACACACCGCCGAGCUCCGGAAGAAGAGUUUGUGACGUCUCAAAGAAGAUCAAGAUAUUUUGGAGGAGCCUCUGAGAACAGGAAGCUUCCAAACCAGAACCUUUAUAUUUUACACAUCUGCUAAACAUGCAGCUGUCUGAGAUGCAUUAGAGCCAGUGUGUGUGUGUGUGUGUGUGUGUGUAUCUGAGACAGAGUUUACGCUCAAAACACCUCAGAUAAAGAGACACCCACUGAACUGGUGACUGAAGAGAAUCGUAGACCUGUUUGGGACCGGGUCCCACCUGCUUUGUCCUCUGAGACAAUGCUGUACCUAAAGAAGUACUUCACCGAGGGCCUCAUCCAGGUCGCCAUCCUGCUGAGUCUCUGUGGAGUGAUGGUUGACGUGGGGCUGGAGCCCUACCUGCCUCCAGCCUGGCACGACAUGAUCCUGGGUCCGACCUCGGCGCUGACCCAGACGCAUUUUCACAACCUCCGCAACAGUCUGGAGGACGGCCAAGGCCUGCACACCAAGAACGUGGACGUGGAUGGAUUUUUCACCACGCGGAGGCUGCUAGGCUGGGUCCGCUCUCUGGACAGACUUCAGAUUCCCCGUUCUGAGCUGGAGACCUGGCUGGUCCAGAGAGAACCAGAUCCUCUUCCGAUGGGAUGUCAGGACCAGCCCUCUCUCCUGGAGAGAGUUCCCACUGGGAUGGAGAGAGAUCGAAGUGACGUGACUGUGGAGCCCACAUCUGGACACGGUGAAGAAGAAGAGGGUGAAGAAGUGGAGGAAGGUGAUAAAGAGGAAGAAAACCAUCAUGUACUUACUCACAGUGGUGAUGUGGAUGAAAGAGAAGAGGAAGAGGGGGAUGAAGAGGAAAACAUGUCCAGGAUGCACAGGCACUGCAGGAGGAGGACAACAGGAACCAGCCACGCCCACUUCACAGAGUCAACUCAGAAUGAAUUAGAACAGACUUCUGUGUCUCUUCAGGAGUGUUUGAGGCUGUUGGAAGAAACCUUCCCCUUCACUGAGGAACAACAGUUGGGUGAUGGUGAAAGUAGAAGGGGAGAAAGACGACCCCAAGAGAGGGAACCCCUGCUCUCCCCCGUUCUCACCACUGAGAACCCCUCUCUGGACAUGGAGCUGCGCUGGCAGGACCUGUUUGCUAUCAUGGAGCCGGGGAACACAGAUGUUGACAUGACAUCAUCAUUUGACCAAACCAUGGAUUCAAAUCCUUCUGGUACUCAGGGCGUCGAGUCUGAAGCUCUGAACCAAGACUGUAACAACCUUGUAAAUGGCCUGACAGGUGCUGGACAAGAGGUCCAAUUCAUGGAGUCGUCAAUGCAGCAGGAUUUCCUGUGGUCUCCACGCCAGCCGGAGCGAGAGCCGCCUCUGCUUCCUCUCACUCCCAGUGCAGAAUUAGAUGACUACAAUUCAACUUUAAGCUCUAUGGAUGUUUUGAAUACCGUGCACCGUCCUCCAGAUCACUUGGACGUGUUGGGAGAGGAGCCUUCAAAAGAGUUCUGCUCGGGUAACUCAGGUUCCCUCAACGCCAACCUGCUAACACAAGAUGUGGAUAACGUGGAAGGUGGUCUCUUCCCUGAAGGAGGUCUGGCCAGCUUGGAUGUCAACUUUCAGUUACGCAGCCUAACACCUUCCAGUCCUGUCUCAUCGCUAGAGGGGAGUGAUAUGAACCAGAACCUUCUGAUGGCUCCACCCAGUGUUUUUCUGGUUGAUGAGGAGGAUGUUGGAGAUGAAGAUUAUCUCCCUGACCAACUCGGUGACCUCCUGGAGGAUGCUGCCAUCCUGGAUGAGAUGAGAUUGAUGGACCUUGCUCUGGAGGAAGGUUUCAGUCCAGAGAUGGCAGCCAGACUGGAAGAGGAGGGCUACUUUGGCUGUGAAGUAGGUGGCAGAGAUGAAGACCACUCAGUCCCUACUCGUGAGGCAGUCACAGAAGACCAGAGUCAAACAGAAAGACAACCACAAGAUGCUGAUAAUGAGGCAGACUCUGACUCUGGACUUUCACUUAACUUCAGCUAUAGUCCAACUUCUCCAUGUGCUUCUGAAGCCUCCUAUUGUUCCUCCUCCUCCUCCUCCUCUUCAUCAACUUCUGCCUCAUCUUAUGUGUCAGGUGUAGAAAGCCCCUACAGUGAAGUCAAGGAUGAAGAUGCUGAGGAAGGGUUGUCUGAUUUGAAUAUGGAACUGGACAUAAACAUUAAGCAGGAGCCAGAGGAUGAGGAGGAGAUGGGGGCAGUAGGAGGAGUUUAUCCUGAAGAUUUUAAGAAACUCUUCCCUGUCAACUAUGACAAUCACAAGCUCUUAAAUGACAUGCAUUGGAUGGAGCAUAUUGAACAUGAUCACACGUACAACCAGCCCCGGUCCACCAUCUCCUCUCCACCUUUGGACAACAUACCAAGCAAACACACCAAAUCCUCCCCACAGCAUCACAAGCGCAGGCCUGUCCACUCCUCCUCCUCCUCCUCCUCCAGACACAUGUCUGAGGCCAGAAUACGGAGCAGAGACGAACGACGUGCACGAGCCUUGAAAGUCCCUUUCUCCAAUGAUCUCAUUGUAAAUCUGCCAGUGGAAGAGUUCAAUGACUUGCUGACGAAUUGUCAUCUUAAUGAGCAGCAGCUUGCCCUCGUCAGGGACAUUCGACGCCGUGGUAAGAACAAGAUAGCAGCCCAGAACUGCAGGAAGAGGAAACUGGAUGUGCUUAUGGGAUUGGAAGAUAAUGUGUCUGGUUUGAGGCGCCGCCGUUUGCGGCUUCUCCGAGAGAAACAAGAAGCCCUGAGGAAUCUGCAGGAAAUGAAACGCAGGCUGGGCAACUUGUACCAGGAUGUCUUUUCCAGGCUCAGGGAUGAGGAAGGACGGCCGCUGGAUUCUACAGAGUACUUUCUUAAUUUUGAGCAUGAUGGUAGUGUCAUGGUGGCCUCACACCAACAAGAAACAUGGAUGCCACUGAGAGGAGAAAAAACAAGCAAGAAACAGAGGAACAACAAGAAGAAGUGAGGAUGUGGACCAACCAGGAAUAUCCUCGGAGGAGAAAAUAAGAGGUUAUAUGAAGCGUUACCCUUUAGGUAAUGAUGCAGUGGAUUAUGGGGAUUGUUAAAUCUUGAAACCCCUUCAUCAGCUAAAUCUCUGGCUGUUGGUUUGAAGAAUAAUUGGUUGAUGGUUUGGGAGGAAAUCAAGACACAAGAAAAGGUUCUUUGAAGGACAGCUCGAUUGUCCUGAUGAUAAAAGACAACCUUUGCUCCAGGAUUUGUUUCUGUCCACUCUAAACCAUACACUGGAAAUGGACUUGAAGCCGACUCGUCAUAGGUUCAGUAACACUGAGAUAAAGCUGCGCUGCUAGUGCAAAUGAAAGAAAACGAUGACCUGGGACCAGCAUUUAAGUUCUGUACUUAUGCAAAAACCUGCUUUCCUUACAUCAGCUGUGUUUCUAUCAUGGUAUGGUUCAGUUUGGAACAGUACGGUUCGGUAAAGCCCUGGGUCAGGCUUCAGUUCGGACUGAGAACAGUACCUUUACUUGGCAGACGAGGCAACGCGAGGUCACGACAAAUGAUGACAUUGAACGCGACAAAACAGAAGACUCUGGGACCCCAAGGGAAGGGUGCCAAAUAAUGGAACGGUUGGGGCUGGUUAUUUUGGUACUAUUCCCAAUGGAAACCCCAAAAACAUAUGUGCCGUACUGUGCCAAACUGAAGCGCUCCACUCGAUGGAAACAAGAGACUGGAGAUGUUUUUGAAUAAGGCUAGUAGCAGGCCGACAGCAGGCCGACAGCAGGCCGAUCCAAAGAUUGAGACACCAAAGUUGCAGGCGUCACUAAACGGACUCAGAAGAACAAGUCAUUCGAGUGGUGGCACAUACUAGUAGAAUACAACUUUGUUGUUAAGAAUUAAAUAAGAAAGCACCAAUGUUGAGAGGCAUGGUGGAUAAUAAUGGAUCAUGUGAUUCAGGGGUGAACACUGGUAGUGAUGAAGUUCUUCAUCUGUGUUGUCACCCAUUCACACAUAUGGCAUUUUACUGGCAUCAGAAACUGAAGGAGUAGAGAAUAAACUACUAUUGUGAAUAUUUAAGACUUUGUGGAUUUGGGAAUGACAAACUAAACUUUUUUUUUGUUCAACACUGAUUGAAGAAUGACUAGUUUUUCAUGCAUAGUUUAGAGUUUUCUUUUGGCCAUGAAAUGAAAGCAUGAGGGUUUUAAUUGUGAUUGUUUUGUACAUAUGGUUUUGUAUUUUUACACGUGUGUCUGUGGAGCUGUGCUAAUCCUAUUCGCCCUUUGACCUCUGACCUCUAUGCAAAACUGCAAUGACCACUUUUGGGAGGUUUAUAAUUUGAGAAAAUAUGCACACGUGAGUUUUCCCCGGGGCUACUCAGUGUGGCAGCCCAGUGCUCCUAAUUCUAGGAUGGGUCAAAUGCAGAGAAAUCAUUUCCCUAAGGGGAUUAGUAAAGUAUAAGAUUUAUAUUUAUACUUAUAUGACAUGGUGUUAGUGGUGACAUUAGUGUGCUAUAAAUUAGAUAGAAGCUUUGGGCAGACGGGUAGCUGCUCUGUUUCUCCAAAAUUAAGGCCAGGCGAGAAUCUGAAUGGAUGUUAAUUGAGUGACGUGACAUCAGGAGUAUGUCAGUGGCAGCCACAAUCAGUGCUGUUGAUAUUUAAUAAAAGACAAGAGAAGAGAGCUUGCAUAGGACAUGUAGGACCAUCCUUCACAAAAGGAAAGCAGAUAAAGUCGCAUCACAAUCCCACACGGCAGCGAUUUGCCAUCGACCGAUGAGAUAUUAAUUUUAAUAAACUUAUUUAUAGAGCACUUUACAUGGAACAUUAAGAGAAAAGGCUGCUGCAAUAAUCAUGAGGGUCAUGUCACUCAUGGCAUUAUUACAUAGCAUAAUUCUCAAAGACGUUUUCUAUUGAGAUUAAGGGAAAAUAAUUAUUUACAUUUACAGGGCCACAUAUUUUCACCAAUUCAUUUCCAAGGUUUUCCUACAGUAUCUGACCCACCUUCCAUCACUCAACUGUAGUAGAAGCUCUUACUUCAACACCCUAGCUCUGUCACAGGCUUUGUAGCAAAAAUGGAACAUGAGAUUCAGAAUGGAAAAUCUAAGUCAUCUUUUGUUGGAGCUCGACUCACCCGAACUCACUAGUGAACAUAAUGCAUACUAUAUGCAUCAUGUCGCUCGGAGUCUUACAUCUGAUAUAUUUGUUAAAGUUAAAAACGUUUCCAAAAUAUUCAAAUCCAAACAAUUUCCAGGCCUGGAAAAGUUUUUAAAAUUUCAAACAUCUCCCAGGAAUCUUCAGACGUGGAAACCCUGUAUAAAUUAUAGUGAAUAGUUUUAAGUCUGCACGUCACUCCUGCACUCCGUCACUCCAGUACAUAGAACUCAAUAGAAAUCGUCCUUAUCAAGAAUUGGCAGCAAUUUGACUUUUGACCCCUUGAUGCUGAUAAUAUUCAUAGACAGUGUUGGAGUCAUUACACUAACAGAACGUAUAUUUUGAAUUUCUCAGUAACAAGCACAGCCAAAACAAGUGAGUAGUCACUUUCUCCCAAAUACAAAUGGAACAUUAUAACUCAUUUUCUAUGUGAAGCACUGUUCUGGCAGGUGUUUGACCUGAAUACCUCAUUUUAAAAAUCAAACGGCUACUUUGUGCAAGUGGAAUAAAGCUGUUUAUUAUGCCAAAUUUAUAAAGACAAAAAAACCUGUGUGCAUGACUCAGCUUAUUUGUUGUUCAGUGUUAAUUAAUUUUGUGUAAAUGACCAUUGUUGCUUGCUGGUAUUCAAGGACUUUGGACCUCAUGUUUUUGUAAUAAAAUAUUAAAAGAUGGUUUUCAUAAAGUAAAAAACAUUUGUUCAUGUUCACUUUGUUUCUACCACCAAACAUGGAGUUCUUGCUUUUCUUUUUGGGCCAAUAAAAAGGAUUUUGAAACAUGA